AAAUCCCGUAAAUAUGGAGUUGCAUAUUGAAAAUCCGAACUGAAUCCGAUUUUUUUCUUUUUCCUUUAAAACACAGUAUGAUUCCUCUAAUAAGAAAGGUAAUCUCAAAUCGCCAUCCUCCAUUGCUGCCUCCUCCUCAUCUGUUUCUUCUUCUAAGUAAUAGAAGUUAUGGUUCGAAAAUAUCCCAUCCUUUAGAAAUUGAAGUGUUUAAUGAAUGCAAGUCUGGGAAAAUCAGGAAACUGGACGAUGCUUUGGUUUACUUUGAUAAAUUGGUUGCAAUGAACAAUGAUGAGCUGCCAUCAAAAAUUUCAAAAUCCACAACCUUUCGUCUAUUAAGUUCACUAUACAAAAGUGAAUCUUAUUCAGAUGUAAUCACUUUGUAUAGGAAAAUAAACGGUCUUGGAAAAUUCCAACCUUGUUUCUUUACACUCAACAUUCUGAUUAACUGUUGUUGUCGAUUGAAGAAAGCUGAUCAUGGGUUCAGCUUGAUUGGUGGUAUGCUCAAGAGGGGUUAUGAUCCUAACAUCGUUACAUUCACUAGUUUGAUCAAUGGGUUUUGUUUGCAGGGGAAGAUUCAGUCUGCGGUUGAUCUGUUUGAUAAAAUGAUUGAAAGAGGAGUUCAACCGAAUACGAUAACAUGUGGUGUAAUGAUCACUGGGCUUUGUAGAGUUGGUGAAUUAGACCGUGCUCUUGAAUUGCUGAGGAACAUGGAUGAAUGGAAUUGCGGAGCUAAUAGUAUUUCUUAUAGUGUGAUCAUAGAGAACCUAUGCAAAAAAGGUUUGGUUGAUGAGGCUAUGAGUCUGUAUUCCAAAAUGAUGAAUGAUUCGAAAAUUGUACCAAAUGUCUUUGUUUAUACUUCUCUGAUUAACGGGCUAUGUGGUGCUGAUAGGUUAAGUGAAGCAAUCAGACUCUUCGAUAGCAUGUCUAGACGAGGAGUUAAUGCGAAUUCAUAUACUUAUAAUUCGCUAAUUCAUGGGCUUUGCAAUUCUGACAGGUUAAAUGAAGCAGUUAGAUUCUUCAAUAGCAUGUCUGUACGAGGAGUUUCUGCGGAUUUAUAUACUUAUAGUUCUCUGAUAAAUGGAUUCUGCAGGAGUGGGUUGUGGAAGAAAGCAAUAAGAUAUUUUGAUAAAAUGGUGGGGAGUGGGAUUUUUCCCGACGUAGUCACUUAUACUUCCAUGAUGCGUGGUUUGUGUUUGACAGGUAUGCUAGAGGAGGCACAUAGAUUGUUUGAUUCGAUGGCGGACAAGGGCUUGGAACAAAAUGUUUACAGCUUCACUGUGUUGAUUAAUGCGUAUUGCAAGAGGUCUAGGUUGGACGAAGCUAUUCAACUGCUCAAGAAAAUGCAAAAGAAGGGAUUCGAACCCAACCAAGUUACGUAUAGUGCACUGAUAGAUGGACUAUGCAAGGCCGGAGACGUUACAACGGCACAGAGCAUGUUAAUUGAGAUGCAAACUUAUGGGGUAUCUCCAGAUAUAGUUACAUAUAAUGCACUUGUGAAAGGGUUAUGCAUAGCUGGAAACAUUGAGGAGGCAAGACAAUUGUUUUCUGAAAUCCCAAACAAAGGAUUAGUGGCGGACGUUGUAACAUAUAAUGCUAUGAUCAAAGGCAUGUGCAAACAAGGGAUAUUUACUGAAGCCGAAAAACUGAUCAUUGAAAUGAAAAAUAAAGGUUGUCUACCAGAUGCCACUACGUAUGGUACCAUAGUUAAAGGUUAUCUUGAGUCAAAUAAUGUUACAAAAGCAGCAGAAUUCACCAAAGAAAUGGGAGGAACAAGUGACUAUAUCAGCUGAAAUUGCUCAGACUGGCUGGAAAAAGCACUUGCAACACUGUAAAAAAUUUGCGAAACAUAAUAACUCCAAGAAUGUCCUUUACCAUCUCAUGUCACAAAUGCAAUAGCCAUGGAUGGAACCACUAACUACUGCAAUGAACAGUGCGUCCGUCUUGAGGAAAUCGCUUCAGAGGAAUCAGAGAACUCCUCAAGUCGGUGUGUAUUGUUCUCCUUGUUAGAUUCUUAUCGGUUGAUACAAUUUCAUCAUUCAAUAUUUUUACAAGGUAUCAUGUUUCAGAAAUUGCUUUAGGUGAAGAAAUAAGUAUCUGCAAGACAACUGGGUAAAACUGGAGGACCAGAAACUGGACAGACCUCCACUCAUUAAUCACUAUUCUCAUGAAUGGGAAGAAACUGCUUUGGCAGAGGCAGAGCUCUUUAAUCCUUCUCUACUUGGAGAAAUUUUACAGAUUAGAAUACCAUGUGCAGGGAUUAUACUCUCAGAUAGUCACUAACUCUGGCAGUUUUUCAACCAGAUCAACUUAUAUAGCUUUGCUGCAGGGACAGUGUAUUGCUACCCCUCAAGAGCAAAAACAAUGGCUUAGGCUUUGGCAUUCAAAAACACAUCUGUUCAAAUUAGGCAUUAUUUCUGAUGAGCUUUGUCCUUCAUGUGGUUUGGCAGCUGAAACUUUUAAUCACUUGUUUUAUCAUUUUUCAAUUUGCUAGAGCUAUCUGGUUUGGCUUUUAUCCUCAGGCUCUCUCUAAUAUUUCUGAUUUUCAUUGUCUUAGAGAAUGGAUGCUUAAUUGGAAACAAACUUCUGAAAUGCUUGAAACUCAAAAAAUAUUUGUGGUAAUUCUUUGGCAGGUUUGGAAAACCAGAUGUAGAGCUAGUCUUGACAACUUGCAACAAUGUUCUGCGAUUCCUAAAAUCAAAAUUCAAAUCAAAAUUCAUAAGUUUUCUUUUGAAUUAUGUCUGAAUAAGCGUUCUUUAAAUUCUUCUAUCUUAAGCUAAUAAUCUUAUGUUUGUUGAUGCAUCUCUAAAGAAAAACUCCACUCUUGCAGGAUGUGGCAUUGUCCAUACUUUUGCAGCAGGCAGAUGUUGGCCAACAAAUGCAGAUUCAGUAAUUGAAGCAGAAGCAAAGGCUCUUUUGAUGGCUAUUGAACGGCCAGAUCAGCAACAUCCAGAAAUGUUAUCUUUGUUUCAGAUAACCAAUCUCUAGUGCAAUCAAUGGAGCAUCUUCAAAUAUGCACUGGACAAAAUUUUCUCAUGUAAAUGUUUGUAAAUUCCGCUUUACUGCUUUUCAGAAAACUCUUGGCAAAUAUUUUUUUAGAAACUUUAAUAGAGCAGCUGAUGCUUUUGCAAAGCUAGCUGAGAAGUGAGAAGUCUAAUGUAACUCGGGAAUGGGGUUCUUAUCUUCCCUAUCUCAUCUCAGUAAACUUUUUCCCUAUUGUAAAUUCUAGUCUGUUUAAUAUAAUCGGCUU